AAUAACAAAACCCUUGCAUGGCUGUGUGAGUGUGUAAUUUGGCAUGUAUAUACAUGCGUGCCUAUGUGUAUGUGAGUCAGUACGUGUAUGCAAGGGAUAAGAAAUUAACCAAAAAGCGGACUAUCAAUUUGUCUCUCUGUCUGUCUGCAUUUGUCUGCCUGUGUGUGUGUGUGUCUAUACAUGUGUGCGUGCUUGUGUUUGAAUGUGUAUGUACGUGGAGUACAGAUUUGGGUCAAUUUAAAAUUGUGAGUGAAAACAUAAACUUCAUUGCAUUUUCGCUAAAAAACACAUCAAGUAUCACAACAUGGACAGCAGAAUACAAACGACACAACARCAACAACAAUCAUCUCGGAAUUCGCAGCUCACUGUCAAUCUGGGCGGUCCAAAUGCCACUAGUUCUACAGAAUCCAGCGCACCACCACGCGUUGACAUCGGUACGACUGGCGUCAGCAGUGGAAGUAGCAGCAGCAACAGCAACAUAAAUAAUAACAAACGCAACAGCAAUAAAAACAAGAACAACAAUGGACAUCAACGCAGCCAUAGUAUAACCAACGCAGCGGCCACAUCGUUUGUAAAUCUCUUCGAUGGAUUCACCUCACGUGUUUCGACGGCUGUAAGCGUUGCCGGCAGCAUCACUACCAAUGCCAUGGAACGGAGUCAUAGUGCAGCCAGUACGCCCAGCUCAACACAUUCUGGAAUUGGCGUGGGUGCCGGUUCGAUAGCUAGUCUUACGAGCAUGGGCUCGCUGGGUACAACAGCUAAUGCAUUUUACUCCUCAAUAGGCAGCGCUCUCAAUUCACUCACAUCACCAAUAACAGCAGCAGCGGCAGCAGCGACAGCAACCACAACAGAGGUGGUGGUAGCUGCAGCAUCGGCCAUCACCAAUCAUUUGAGUUCGCCUACCAGUGGCACACCCCCGCAUGGUCUGGGCGUAAACGAUGAGGACUGCGAUGAUAACGAUGAGGAGGAGGACGAGGAUGAUGCUGUUGACAAUGAUGGACAUAUAGCAGCGCCGACGCCAUCCAAAACGUGGGCUGAGAUCAGAUGUGUUGUCCAAGACAUUCGCAAGGAUCUGUCCAAUCUAUCGGCGAUGGUGCCCACCAAUGUUCAGUUCCGUCAUCUAUCCGAUGGCCGUGCACGGUGCUAUUUCCUGAGUACACCGCCACACAACUGGGAGACAACGUUGCUCUUUACGGACAUCAACCUGCGACAGCACGACGAACAGCAGCUGCAGCAGACCAGUGGCGUUGACAUUGAUGCUGCCACUGCCGGUAGUCCAAGUGGAGCAGCAUCACCAACAAUAAACCUUCCAUCGUUUCAUUUUGGUCCACAGCCUAAGCCCAGAUUGAUUUGGCAAACACUGCUCCAACAACCCAUACCCAGCAGCCAAGUGGGAAGCGGCAUAGGUGGAAGCGGUGGUGCCUAUCCAUGUGCUCGAGAAUACCAAUUGAUGCAGGAGCGCAAGCGUUUGUCUACAUGGGGUAUUACAUCGUAUGAACUGCAUAAGCCCAGCGGCAAAUUGGUCUUUCCUUGCUUAAACGAUCUGUAUCAAUGCCUGGAUACGGGAUAUAAUUCUGGUCUGCUUUUUCCCACACAACUGCGAACAUGCCCCGAGUGGACGGCAUUGGAUCCACAAAUCUGCCCACAGAACUCCGAUCUGAUUGCUCACAUCAGUGACUGUGAUAUCUGGGUAACGCACACGCUAAGCGGUCAUGAGAAACGUUUGACGUACACGAGAAGCGGCCGACACACGUUUGCGGAUGAUGCAUUAAGUGCAGGAGUGCCAUCGUAUGUGAUGCAAGAGGAGUUCAGUCGCUAUCAGGGCUAUUGGUGGCAGCCGCACUCGGAUGAUGGCAUCUAUCGUAUUGUCUACGAGGAGGUAGAUGAAACGGAUGUGUCCCUUUACACAUUCCCUUCGUCGACGGCUGUGCCUGGCGAGGUGGAUGAGUAUCGCUUUCCACGUAGCGGCACACAAAACGCCAAAUCCAAAUUGAAGCUUGUUCAAUUUGUGCUCAACGAAGCGCUACUAAUUAGCGAGAUAACCAUUAAGGAUUUACCCUAUUCCUUGUCGGCGGUGUUUCCCUGGCUGGAAUACGUCGUGCGUGUCGGCUGGACACCGGAUGCCAACUACGUCUGGAUGCAGGGUCUUAAUCGCAAGCAGCAGCGCUUGGAUGUUAUGUUAAUACCGCUGGACAACUUCUGCGAAUCGUACAGUAGUCAAGUGUCCACGCCGACAGAUUCCAUUGGGGAUCACAGCUGGCGCAGUCCAUAUAAUCGCACAAUAACGCCGCUGCAGGUCAUAUAUACCGAGCAGUCAGAGAGCUGGAUCAAUGUGCAUGAUAUGCUCUAUUUUCUGGAAGUGGGUGAUACGAGCGUCACCUAUCUAUGGGCCUCUGAGGAGACGGGCUUUAGACAUUUGUAUCUUGUUACCUCCAGCUUACUACUAACUCAUGUCAAUGGCAGCCAAACGGAUGCGUCGGCUGCCGCAGCCGCUGCUCAGCAUCCCAGUUUUGUGGAGGCAGCCGCACUGCAGCCACGCAUCGUUAAUAAGGUGGCCCUGACGAGCGGUGAAUGGGAGGUGCUGGCACGUAAUCUAUGGGUGGACAAGCCCAAUCAAUUGGUUUAUUUUGUGGGACUGCGCGAUACUCCAUUAGAGAAGCAUCUCUAUGUAGUUAGCUUGCAGCGUCCAGAGCACAUACGUCUGUUAACCGAGCCGGGGUACUCAUAUCUGGUGGAGUUUGAUGAUCUAUGCCAGUUAAUGUUGCUCGUCUAUUGCAAUAUCCAACGCCUUCCAAGCUGCAAGGUGAUGCGUGUCACGCAAACCUGCCAGAAUGGCGGUGUCAAUGGUAUACAGAUCUCUUUGGUUGGAUUUUUGCAUGAGGGUGGCAAACCGGAGCCGCAAUAUUGCCCGCAAAUCUUUCGCCCACAGCUGCCAUCAGGCGAUAUCGUCUACGCCAUGGUCUUUAAGCCUCACAACUUUCAAUUGGGAGUUAAAUAUCCCACGGUGUUGAAUGUCUAUGGCGGACCUGAGGUGCAAACCGUGAACAAUACAUUUAAGGGCAAACAUCAGUUGCGCAUGCAUAUGCUGGCUGCCCAGGGCUAUUGUGUGAUCUGCAUUGAUUCACGCGGUUCCAGGCAUCGUGGCAUACGUUUCGAGAGUCAUAUUCGGGGUCGCAUGGGUCAAGUGGAAUUGACUGAUCAGGUGGAUGCCCUGCGCAUACUCUCGGAUCAACUGGGAUACAUUGAUAUGGACCGAGUUGCUAUACAUGGCUGGUCCUAUGGUGGUUAUUUAAGCUUGAUGGGCUUGGUGCAGUAUCCGGAAAUCUUCAAGGUGGCCAUUGCGGGAGCACCAGUCACGAAUUGGGAAUACUAUGAUACAGGCUAUACGGAACGAUAUAUGGAUAUGCCCAAGUGCAAUGAAGCGGGAUAUACAGCUGGCUCAGUACUCAAUUAUGUGCAUGCAUUUCCUGACGAGGAUAAUCGACUGCUGCUCAUUCAUGGUCUGAUCGAUGAGAAUGUGCAUUUUAAUCACACGUCACGACUGAUCAGCGCUUUGAAUAAGGCAAACAAGCCCUAUGCAUUGCAUUUGUUUCCCGAGGAGCGGCAUUCUUUACGCAAUUUAGAAUCGAAUAAGAACUACGAAACGAAAUUAUUAUCAUUCUUGCAAAACUUAUGAGAUUCAUAAAACACGCACGCUCCCCACACAGCAUCCUAUUACAUGUAAUAUCGUAAUUGUUGUUAAAUUAAAU